GAGUGUCUUGCAACCUAUGGUUGAUCUCAACUCCCACGGAUCCAGGGACGAAUUAGAAGCUUCUGUGGAUGUUAUCAAACCAAACCAGGACAGAAAAUUAACACUGGAGCAGCCUUGAACUUUGUCCGGACAAAUAUGCUGCGACCUGAGAAGGGCAGUCGUAUUGAACAGGGGGUACCCCAGCUUUUACUGUUGGUGUCCAGCAAAAAGUCCAGUGACAGUGUGGAAGAACCUGCUAAGGCCCUGCAACGAAUGGGGGUAUUGACGCUAGCUGUAGGCUCCAAGGCUGCAGAUGAGCAGGAGCUGAAACAGAUUGCCUUUACCGACAGUGUCGUGUUCAUGCUGAGGGACUUCCGUUUACUGACCCGUAAUCCUGUGACAAUUAUUGAAAAACUCUCAACUCUAGCUGGGGUGGUGGUGACCGAACAACCCACCGAGCCAGUGGUGGAGAUAACCACAGUGCAGACUCAAAAAGUGGUCAGAGACAUUGUCUUUCUUGUGGAUGGUUCAAACUAUGUUGGCAGCACUAACUUUCCCUACGUGAGAGACUUCAUUAUCAACGUGAUCAACCAGCUGGAAGUGCGACCUGACAGGGUUCGGAUUGGUCUCCUGCAGUUUGCUGAACGUCCAAAAAUUGAAUUUCAUCUGAACACCUACAGCAGCAGACAAGAUGUUGUAAAUAAAAUCUCUCAGCUCAGGCUGUCUGGAGGCUCAGUUUUGAAUACAGGAGCUGCCCUGAAUUAUGCCCUUAACAACAUGUUCCAGACAACAACUGGGUCACGCCGGGGGCAAGGAGUCCAGCAAGUGUUGGUUCUGAUCACAGGUGGUCCCGCCCAGGAUGAGGUUAAAAGUGUAGCCGAUAAAGUGGCUGUGGGUGGUAUUUUGACCUUCACAGUCAGUUCUGGGCAAGCAGAUGAUGAACUACUAAAAACAGUCGCCUUUGUUGAAGAUUUGGCUUACCAUGAAACAAGGUUCUCUAAUUUACCAGCUGUGGCUGAACAAAUAAUGCCAAGCUUGAUAACAGUGGUUGGUGAUACAAUGUGAAAGUACUAGAAGAAACUGUUGUUGCUGGAGCUGAAAGGGAUGUUGCCUUCCUCAUUGAUGGCACAGAAAAUGUUCGAGCAGAUUUUGCCUACAUCCGGGAUUUUAUCAUUAAAGUAAUUGAACCGCUUGACAUUGGGAUUGACAGGGUACGAAUUUCA